UUGACUUUCAACCUCCAACCACCUCUAAACUCAACUUCUACUAUAUCCGAUCCCUCUUAUUAUAUAUCUCGAUACAACAACCAUUGGGUUGCCUCGAAUCUCGACCGCCUCGGAUUAACCAUUUCAUCGCCAAUCUGCUGCAGGACGCGCCACUAAAAAAAAGGGAACAGGCUGGCGUGGGGUCCCCCUGUUGCUUUGCUUGCGCAUUGCCUCAACUCAACGCAGGGCGCUUCCAUUCUCUUUCUUUUUUCUUCCACAGAGAAACAAACUCGACAACUUUUACUCUUUUUGUCGUGCUUUGAAGGAAAAAGAGCCGGGGAUAGCAUCACAUCGUCAAUCAUGUGCAACGUCAAUUUUGCUUGCUAACGGGAACCCUUGUCUAUCAUACUUUCCACGCUCAUUUAAUUCUCCGUGUCUUAUCUCUCAGCGCGUCUUAGGCGUCGCGACCACGCCUUUGCGACUCUCGACUUUAUGCGCCUCUUCUGAGUUUUUCAACUUCUUCAAUAACGAUUGUCGCGUUGGAGUCGCGCUGCGCCUGAUGACAUCAUGACGGAUCAGGGCGAAAAGAAGGGUCUAUGGAGUAUGCUCCGAAGGGCCAGCUCCAGAAGACAUUCGACGAAACCUCCGCCAAAAGACCUUGAGCCUAGAGAAUACCAUCGUCCUCGCCGUGCUAGUAAUGGCGACGUAGGCCAUGCGCCAUUUCGCCAAAGUAUUGGUUCAGCUCCCGAUCUUACCUACGAUAGUCAGCGUCCUCCGACUGCUGAAGACGAGUCCAACAUGCGCCGCAGACCGAAAAGAGGACAACCCGAACCCGAACCUGAACCCCGGUCUUCUCCAAUACGGUCCAAGUCGUCCGGCUUUCUUAACAAGUCCCGCGCAUCGAACGGAUCUAGACCGUCGAACGGACGUCCGGUUCGCGCUCGAGACCCUCAAUCAGCAUGGCCACCUUAUGGUAUUUCUAUGAACGAUGAACUACCUCAUCAACACGCACUGGAGCUAGUUGCUCGUGGUGCUCCCUCGCAUAAAGGCCACAAACGACCUAUACCGCACCAACCCGAAGAAUUCUACGCUCUUUAUACGACAUCGAGUGGGAAUCGAGGUGAUGGCAAGUCUUCUGACAAUACCGAUGUUUCUAACCUCCAUGACUCCAUGACACAGCUCAUGACGUUGCGCCUGAUAGGCCAUGGUUACGCAGACCGGCCAUGGGAGACCCUCGAGCAACCGAGUUUCGCCUUCUUCUUUGGUCACCUACCUGGAACCAUCACACUAAACGAAUGGGCUUCAAUGUCCAGUGUUCUUCCACCUACAAUUGCUCUUCGAGAUGCGGGAGUCAUGCCUCGCACCAUGAGUCUUGAAAGUAUAUUUGAUCGAUUGCAGGAGUUACGGCAUGGUAUUGAGGACGAUGACGAGUCUUUGCUUUAUCGCGUUCUUUAUAAACGUAUUUUGAGGGAUCCUGAGAAGUUUCUUAACCCUCACAAGACCCUUGACAAGCAGAUUACGGACCUUAUCAUGGUUCUUUCUCGCCCGGACUGGAUCGACUUUAGUAACCCCCGUAACCAAGUUGCUACACGCUUUAUCUUCGACAGAAGCCCCGGGAACGAGGAGCAGUUUCACAAAUUCUUUCACCAACUUCUGCUGAGUCUAGAGCUUGAGUUGCGCAUUCAGUCAGACCAGCAUAGUGAUUGGGCAAAGGAGAAGUUGACAUCACAAAUACCCCCGUCAAUACAGUGGAAUCUGGCCCUGGCUCGUCGUUGGCAAGAUUUCGUGCGUGUUGACGAUGUUGGCAAGACACCUGAAGAGAUUCUUCUUCGGUAUAAGUUAAAGAAGCGGCAAAUCAGGAUGUUGCGGCGCUUUGCUCAGAUGAUGAGAUGGCCCAACCUAGCCGAUACCCUUGAUAAUAUGAAACAGAAGGAUUCGGAAUUGGCUCUGGAUGAGGUCAGCUCUGAUGCGUUUGCCUUCUUCAGUGGUCUUGUGCUUCCUGGUCAAACGUUUCCCUUUCUCAUAAUGAACACUCUCCUUGACCUUGAUCCGGACAGUGCAACUGAUAACCUCGCGCUUCUUUCACACAUGCACCCUCACUGCGGAUUUCAGUACAAGAACAGCUACACAUAUUGGUCGGCAACUUCAAUCGUGGGUAAAGUUCUAGCACCUACAUGUCACGCAGUUGCUGGUUGGAUCGGCCCUGCGCGCCCUACCAAAGAUCUUGACCCGACCCAGAUCGCGCGGAUUCGAAGCCGGAAACCGAUACAGCGGAUGAGCCCCCAGGAUGUCGAGUCGAUGGCGGAGCGUUCUGACCCGCUUGGACCUGCCGCCGAUUCAUACCCAGUAGAGGAUUACCAGCCAGUGCGCCCGAAAGGCGGUCCUGAAGAUGCUAUUGACACGGUACGGAUAGAGCUGUUAAGUCUCAAGCCAGCAGAUGGACCUGGGGAUGCCCCUACUGCGGCAGGGCUUUCGCGACUGUUUGACGCAACAGUGCAGUUUGCCAUUGAUGGCGUGUCAUGGCCAUUGAAACUCAUGUACGAUGUCUCAUUCGUGGCCGCGUGGCCCUGCUCUGAUGGGCCACAUCCGCUCUUCUUUGACUACGUCUACACGUCGAUCCGUGUAGAUUCCAUCGUUGGAGUGCGAGAUUGGGGAGGUUUGUAUGGGGGACCUCAAUUGCAUAGUGUGCGAUCAAGCCCAGGACCAGGCAUGAUGCGAGGUCCCUACCGAGAUAUGUUCAGUCAGAGCUUCAACCACAACCACGCACCAUUAAACGGUUUCAUGCAGACUGGUGCACUCGAGGAAGAAGAUGAGAACGACGAUGAAAAGGUUCUCGUGGUGGAAGCGUUCGGAGUCCGCGAUAACGAGGUCUUGGCACGAGCAUGGUGUUCUCACUGGGGUCUCAGUGCCGUGGUGGCCGAUGUUCGGAGAACAUGUAUGGCAUGUGCCAUUCGUGAAGCGUACGCGGCAACGCUGACAGUGGUGAUCCUGGUAGAAGGCCAGGAGUAUCCCAAUAAUGAGUGACGAAUUUAUGAAUUAUGUAUAGGUAUUUGGUCCCACGCCUAGCAAUGGGUUGUGAUAUGGACUGCCGGGAGUGAUUUAGGCAUGGUCAGGGGAGUUUGUGUUUCAGUAAGAAAGACCAGGGAGAGGCAGCAAAAACUCAAGAAGGGGGAAUUGGAUGCGAGCGGUGUGUUGCCUGUAAUAGAUGUUGAGGGUUGAUCUGGCGUGAUGGUUGAGAGAACAUGUCCUUCAGAGCUGAGGAGAUUGUCUCAUGUGAUAAUGUUGACUGCAUAUGCAUGUUUAGUUGAAGGCUCAUCAGCUCAUGGGUUGUAAGAUAAUAGCAUUUGGAGAAGGAAAGAUAGCAUAGCAUAGCAUGAUUGCAUUUCGUUGACCAUCGUGUAA